GUUCUCGUCUCUGAGCUCGAACCCUUGGCAUAGGUGGAGUGGGCAUGGCGCUUUUCACACUGACCUGUCACAUUUCACACAGCUGGAGGGGGAGAAGUUCAACAAAGAUAUGCAAUGUGUGUUUCGAGCAAAGCUGGAUUUUUGUUGCAUUUCAUCAUUUAUUUCGUUUCCUUUUAGUGUGUUCGCUAUUUGGAGCAAUUCACCUUAACACAUAUUUUAAUCGAAUUUAUUUACUUAGGUUUCUUAACGCACAUAAAAAAUAUCACGGUUUGGGUUGUGAGAAAUCUACUAAGGUGCUUUUACGUUUCAUGGAAGAAAGCCUGCGAUUUUCUUUUCUACGUUGAAUUGUUUUAUUGAAACUUGAUGUGUUUGUUGCGCCUCGCAGGCCGAUCUGCGUUUGACUUCAAAAAAUAUCGCGAGAGCAGUGCUCACGCAUAGCUUUCGAAUCGGUCUCGCGAUGUUUACAAUAUCAUGCGCCGAUCUGUUUGCAUUUAUGUGGGAAGACGUCUGUAAAGGCGUGUUUAAAGUUACGAGGCGGGUCUCCUUCUACAUUGAUCAAUUGCUUUGAGUUAUAACGUUUGAUUGGCUAAUGCCAAAGGGGUGGUGCAGUUCUCGUAUUUGUUAUCUGUUUUCUGAUUGGCUGAGGGUUGUAAGUAGGAGGUCUCGUGUGUGUUUGGGGUGUUACUCUCAGGUUACACUUGUGUGUCGUUAGUUGUCAUUCAGUAAUAAGAUCUUCAAUCGCGUGUAGGACCAUUAUAACAUCAUCUGUACAACAUGGAAGAACCUGUAACCAAGUUUCAGUACGAGCCGGAUCUGGUUGAUAUUUUAUGGAGGCAGGAUGUGGAUUUGGGGGUGGAGAGAGAGGUCUUUGACGGAUGUCUACGGCAGAGGACGGAGGAGGCCAGGAGAGCGAGGGAGAGAGAGCAGAAGAGAGAGAGAGACCUAGAGAGGAUUAUGCAAAGGUUACAGAGACUAGACCAGGAGACGGGAGAAUUUCUGCCGAGCCUUUCUUCAGUCCACUCCCAGGUCAUGCCAUUCUCUGUAAAUUCGCCCUCUACGGUGUCCACUCAGCAGUCACCCAUUACCCAGAAUCCCCUGCUGACCGCUCUGCUGUUUUCUAAGUCUCAGAAAGCAGAUUCUGAAGAGGCGAUUAGUGAACUUCCGUCAGUGCCAGAUUUACAGUAUUAUUUGGAUCUGCUGGAGUCUGAGAGCCCAAGCUCGCCUUUAGAGGACAUCAUCGACAUGUGCGGAAACAUCCCGCCACAUGAGGAAAACUCAGCGGAAGAACUGUGUGAUCUCAGUGAUCUAGCAAAGACCAUUUCUGAGUCUUUAGAUGUCGCUCAGCUGUUAUCCACGCCCUGCACUUCACUUCUGGAGACGUGCGUACCAGCGCUGUCAGAUUCAACCGAUUCACCAUUAAACACAGUUUUAAGCUCCAGUCCGCCUGAGAAUCUCAAUCAGAUGAGUUUAACUCAAUGCCAGUCCAUCUUCAGUGAGUUCUGUCCUGAUCUGAGCAUCAGUAACAGCACACAGAUUCACCCCGAAGAGUCGAGCGGUCCAGCCGGAUGGGAAACCUCACGUCCCUGUGUCCCUGACAGCCCAGUCCUGAUGGGUUUCGAUGACUCUGCUUCUUCUGGGUUUGUAGAUCUGGACCCAUCUCUGUACGCUUCUGACCAAUCAGAAGAGGAGCUAGCGUGCAUCCAAUCAAAUUACACCGACCUGCUCCCCGUAUCCCUGGAUGAACACGUUACGUGUGCGCAAGACAAACCCCAAACACAACCCAACCUCAAAACGAGGAGAGGACGACGGGUGUGUCGUGACGAGCAGCGGGCCCGAGCGUUAGGUUUGCCGCUCAGCGUGCGCGACAUCAUCACCCUGCCCGUGGAGCCGUUCAACGAGGCCGUCAACUCCGGCAAACUCAGCAACGCUCAACUGACCCUCAUCAGAGACAUUCGACGGCGCGGCAAAAACAAGAUGGCCGCCCAGAGCUGCCGCAAGCGGAAGAUUGACAGUCUCGUGGACCUCGAAGACGAGGUGGAGACUCUAAAGAGGCAGAAGGAUGAGGGUGAGGAGCAGCGAGAGAGGAACACCACAGAUCUUAGGGAUACUAAAGAAAAUCUCAUGAAACUUUACAACGAGGUGUUCAGCCAGCUCCGAAAUGAGAAUGGACACCCCUACGACCCCAAACGCUACAAACUUCAGCUCAGCACUGAUGGAACGGUUUACCUGCUGCCACGUUCCAUCAAGAACAAUACAUUGAAAGAGAACUCACCUGUUGCUGUGUAACAUGCUGUAUUCAUGACAUCACAACGUCACAUGACUCUGGCCAACAUAUUUCAUCAACGGGCCUCUUCAUCCAGAUGUCCAUUGGGUGGGCUUUACCAUACAGGACAUUACAAGUCCGGGACAAAAUUCUAGUUAUCCUCCAUGACAGCACUGAGAAUAUUUAUGUAAAGUGCUCUUCUUUCCACGCAUUUUUUGUGUCACAAAUACACAACUUUUAUAUAUAGAAAUGCCAAAAUUAAACCAUUUUGUUUAUGUUGCACUAUAUUGAUACUGUACAUAUUAAAUAUAGCCGAUGCAAUUGAA